AUGGCGAGCGCUCACCAGCUCGAACAAUUUUUUGUUGAGGCGCUCCGCCACCGUGGCAGCAGGGGACAUGCUGCGCGGCGAGACCAGGAACGGCAGCGUUCCAAGCGUCACCACCACGGACAGCAGCCUGUCGACGAUGGUGUCCAACAGCGGGUCAGCUUCGCCCUCGGUUCUGCCACCAUAGCAAUCAGCGAAGCACUUCGGCAUGUUGAGCGAGAACGACGAAAGCGCAAUGGAGGCAAAGUGAAUAUACCGGUCGGCGACCGCUGCGAUGGAGCCAUGCGCAUUCGCCUCGACGAACCUCCUGGCGAAUUCGCUCAAGAACGCGUCCGAUGUAUAGGUCGUGAAGUUGACGUAAAGCUGCUUGUACUUGUGGCUUUGGGCGUCCGCCAGUAUGGCGUUAACAUUGGCGUCAGUAGGGCUGACAAGGUAUACGGCGUCCACCCCCGGUAUGGGCUCCCUACGGUCCGAUAUCGCCAUAUUGAGGGUCACUCCGAGGCUGCGCAAUUCACCCACUUUCAGUAUAGGUGA